GGGACAAGAGGAGGAGGUGGUGAGGAGGUGGGAGACGAGGAGGGAGACGAGGUGGAGAGGCGAUGUCGGGCCCAGCGGAAGCGGCUGCUGCUGCAACAGCAGAAGCAGGAGCAGCAGCAGCAACAGAUGAGGAGGUGGAGGCGGCGAGGCGAGGUGGAGGGGGUGGAGGAGGUGAAGAGGGAGCCGAGGGAGGAGGAGGAGGAGCGGACCCCACGUUUGAGUGCAACAUUUGCCUGGACGUGGCCAGGGAUGCGGUCAUCAGCCUCUGCGGCCACCUGUUCUGCUGGCCCUGCCUCCAUCAGUGGCUGGAGACGCGCCCUAGCAGGCAGAUGUGCCCGGUGUGCAAGGCUGGCAUCAGUCGAGACAAAGUGAUCCCUCUCUACGGACGAGGGAGCGCCAACCAGCAGGACCCCAGAGAGAAAACUCCGCCCAGACCCCAGGGACAGCGCCCAGAACCAGAAGCACGAGGGGGGUUCCAAGGGUUCGGCUUUGGGGACGGAGGUCUUCAGAUGUCGUUUGGCAUCGGCGCUUUCCCCUUCGGCUUCAUCGCCACGGCCUUCAACAUCAACGACGGACGGCCGCCCCCAGCUGUCCCGGGAACCCCGCAGCACACCGAAGAGCAGUUCCUGUCCCGAAUCUUCCUCUACGUCGCCCUGCUCAUCAUGUUCUGGCUCUUUAUCGCCUAGGUGGAGCGGCCCCUCUGCUCCUCUCCCCACACAACCUCCACGAAGUCUUCUUCAUCAUCGUCGCCAUCGUCAUCUUCCUUUGGCUCCUCACUGUGUGAGGCACGGCCACACCUCACCACUCACCCACCCACUCGUCCACUCACCAACCCACUCACCCAACCUCUCACUCACCCACCCAACAACUCACUCCCUCCCACCCACUCUCUGUUCACAAACCCACUCACCAAUCCACUCACCCACCCACCAAACAACUCACCCACCCGCUCACCUGCCCUCUCACUCAUCUACCCUUCCACUCACCCACCCACUCGUCCACUCAUCAACCCACUCACCCACCCACUCACCCGCCCACUCACCAACCCACUCAAUCACCCACUCACCCACCCUCUCGCUCACCAUCCCACACGCUGCUCACUCACCUCUCACCACAAACUCAAGGCUCGUUUCCAGAAGGGUCCUUCCCGAGUUAUCGGAGCAGCGCGCGAUGAUUGCUGCUGCUGUGUGGGUCUAUAGCCUAGGGGCAUCCCCAGUGACAGCUGUCUUUGUGUCAUCCCAACUGAGUGCUUAAUCUGCAGAUAAUCUUUCGUUGUUAAAAUUUGUACAAAUUUCGGAUUCGUGGCGCGGCCCCCUCCCCCCCCCCCCCUCAAUAUGAGAACGGCCACCCACUCAGCACUCACUCACACCCACAGAGUGACCACUCACUCAGCACUCACUCACACCCACAGAGUGACCACUCACUCAGCACUC